AUGAUCGACAAUCAUUUGGCAAAGGAACCAGUGGAAGACACAGACCCCAGCACUAUAUCCCUUAAUACGUCAGACAAGUAUCCCAUUCAAGACACAGGACUCCCUAAAGAAGAGGAGUGUGAUCCAAUUACUUUGAACUGCCCAGCAAAUUCCGAUGUGCAGCACCAGGGAGAAGAAAACGGCUUUCGAGACAGUACUGGAGACCCCCUUUCAGAUGUGAGCAAGGAUGUGUCCUGCACGGAGACCUGUUCCUGUCCCUCCUGUUCGCUGCAAGUCCCCACCAUCAGCGACUUGCUCAAUGACCAGGACUUACUAGAUGUGAUCAGGAUAAAGCUGGAUCCCUGUCACCCAACAGUCAAAAACUGGAGGAAUUUUGCAAGCAAGUGGGGCAUGCCCUACGAUGAGCUGUGCUUCCUGGAGCAGCGCCCGCAGAGCCCCACCCUGGAGUUCUUGCUCCGGAACAGUCAGAGGACGGUGGGCCAGCUGAUGGAGCUCUGCCGGCUAUACCACCGGGCCGACGUGGAGAAGGUGCUGCGCAGGUGGGUGGAUGAGGAGUGGCCCAAGCGGGGGCGUGGAGAGCACCCCAGGAACUUCUAG